ACUCAUAUCCAGGGGCGGACUGACAACUCAUGGGGCCCCCGGGCAAUAGGGGAUCAUGGGGCCCCUGUGUCCUUGCCCAAACUCAAAAAAGCCUAUGAAAAAGUACCAGGGGCAUCUCAUGGGGCCCCCUACUGACCACGGGCCCUCGGGCAGUGCCCGAGUUUCCAAAUGGUCAGUCCGCCCCUGCUCAUAUCUGUGCAUUGUGGAGGGAGGAGCCAGAAGUGCCAGCAGGGUCCCAAACACAAGAGGAUUGGGGCUGCUCUGUGAAAAACCAUUAUACAGAGCAGGUAAGUAUAACUUUUUUUUUUUUUUAUUUUAUUUUACCUUUAGC